AGCUUGUUCUCAGUGGCUGUUCUUGGAGUUGGGUGCUGGCGGUUUCCUGACAUUAGCUGGUAGAGUGAGACUGUGGAAGGGGUACUAUAAGCAACACGUAGUUGGACUGGUCCUGAAGUGUAAAACUGAAGAUAUGGCUCUGUCCUAUCGAAAAGACUUGGACAAAUAUAGAGAUAUGGAUGAGGAUGAGCUGCUGGGGAACCUGUCUGAAGCUGAUCUAAAGCAACUUGAAAAUGUUUUGGAAGAGCUGGACCCAGAUAAUGCACUGCUGCCAGCAGGAUUUCGACAGAAAGACCAGACGGAGAAAAAGGCCACUGGUACUUUUGACAGAGACAGUCUCUUAGAGUACUUAGAGAAAGAAGCACUCUCUCAAAAAGACCGAGAUGAUUAUGUACCUUUCACUGGGGAUAAGAAAGGAAAAGUAUUUGUUCCCAAGCAAAAGCCUUUGAAUUUCCGCACAGAAGAAAAACUUUCACUUGAUCCUGAGCUGGAAGAGGCAUUGUCUAGCGCCACAGACACAGAGCUAUGUGACCUUGCAGCCAUUCUAGGAAUGCACAACCUGCUACCAAACAGUGCAAUAUCUGCCAGCAAUGGAUAUGAUAGCCAGGGCUUUCCAAAUGUGGUGAAAGCUGAGCCAAUGAGGCCGGUUUUUGAUGAACCUCCAAAUCCUACAAAUGUGGAAGAGAGUUUGAAGCGAAUAAAGAACAAUGACCCACGUCUGACUGAAGUGAACCUAAAUAACAUUAAGAAUAUCCCAAUUCCAACGUUAAAAGAUUUUGCAAAAGCAUUGGAAUCAAACACGCACGUCAAAUCUUUCAGCAUUGCUGCAACACGGAGCAACGAUCCUGUCGCUGUAGCAUUUGCUGAUAUGCUAAAAGUAAAUCGAAGUUUGAGGAGUCUAAACAUUGAAUCCAACUUUGUCACUGGUACUGGCAUAUUGGCUUUGACAGAAGCACUAAAGGAAAAUGAAACCUUGCAAGAAAUCAAAAUUGAUAAUCAGAGGCAACAGCUGGGAACCGGCGUGGAAAUGGAAAUUGCACAACUGCUCGAGGAAAAUACGUCAAUUCUUAAAUUUGGGUAUCAGUUUACACAGCAAGGACCAAGAACAAGGGCAGCGAAUGCUAUCACAAAGAAUAAUGACCUUGUUCGCAAACGAAGGGUUGAAGGGGACCUUGAGUAAAGCCUUGUAACUGAACUAAGAACAUCCAUGAAUAUUCCGCUCCACUUGAGCAUUAUUUGUCUGACUUCAUUUGGCUGGGAAGAAGGGAAGAGACUGGAAAACUGUUAACCGAAUGUUCUGCGCGUCCCUAUGUUGCUGCAUAACCUGUAACUUGUUUUAAAAUGUAUUUUAGGCCCCAUCAGUUAUAAUCAGUAUAAGUAUAUAUAACGUUAUUUUAAUAGCUGAGUACAGCGCAUAUUACAGUAGGGAACUAGAACAAUAUGAAUCUUAAAAAAUGCAUUCUGAUUCUAAAAUGCUAUCUCAAGGGAAAGGACAUCAGAAAACAGUUUAUGAUAACGGCACAUUUCAGCUUUAUUGGAGAUUUUAAGGGAACAUUUAGCAGAAGGGUCAUUAUUCCCCCCUAAUAUAAUUGACAAAUUGAGGUACCAGAUGGGUGAAUUGUAUUCAGAGUAUUUUUAAAUCAUAAUGUCUUUAAAUAUGCUGUUGUAUUUAUGUCAUGCUAAUAAGGGAACCAAUUCAUAUUCCUUUUGUAUUGAUGCUUAUGGAAACUGCUGUCCCAUUGCAUUAGUGCAUCAAAUUUAAACCCAGUGUGUGAAGCACUCCUACAGAUCCUCUCUUUACUUUCAGACCGUUUUAUAGUGUUGCCUAACCCCUCUACUAAAGAGGCUGUAAACCAUUGCUGUGCAUUGUGUUGCAGCUCUCUGUGGCAACUGAUUAGCUCAUUGCUAUGAAAUGUAUUCCCAGAUGUAUGUAUAAUGCCUUUUACAUGUGCAUCUUGUGAUGUUAUUCAGCUGUGGAGCACCUGUCUUUGCAUAUCUGUGAGUCAUACUGUAGCUUCAGAUAUAUAUACACAUACAUGCAUAUACUGUUGUAUAUAAUCCCCACAAACUUCUCAUUAACCUCCUGUAAAGUGUAAUUAGUUCAUGUUCAGCCAAAAACUCAGGGCUUCCUUGCUUACACAGAACCAUUCUCACUUAUUUCAGGGAUAAAUAGUCUACCAAAUAUACCUAACCAGUUUCCUUCUUGGUCUGAGUGUUCUACUAUCUUUUGACAUCCUAUGCUCAUUUUUAUUAUACAGUUGCACUAUAGAAUGCUAAUAUACAGUCCAGUAGAGGAUGCUUCUGAAAUGAGCUAUGCUGUCUAAAUAAUAGCUCUGAACACUUAAAUGGUCUUAACUGUUAGCUAUGUAGAUUACAUUGAAUUGUUUAUUUUAAGGAGUAUGAGAGUAAAACACCAUUUCUGUUGACAUUUAUUUCUGAUUCUAAAUGCUGAAUUUGUGUAGUUAAACAUGUAUUUUUUUUUAUAUACAAUGUGAACAUCAUUUUGUCUAGUGGUGCCAAACAUUGUGCUCCUGUGGUGUAAAAUCUUAUGUAAAAAAUAUAUGCUACUUUGUCCUGAA